AUGUCUCAACGACCAGUUAUCGCAAUCGCAGGACUUGCUUGUGAGACCUCGACCUUUACCCCCGCUCGAACACUCGGCGGGGCGUUUCACCCGCGCCGUGGCAGGGAAGUGAUUGAGAAGUACGCUUUUCUGCAUCACGGCACUCAACUAGCAAAUGUCGCAGAUUGGAAGGGUGCACUCAUAGGUCAUGCCCUUCCGGGUGGAGUCGUGGUACGAGCUGAUUUCGAACAACUUUCCAGGGAAAUCCUGGAGCGGUUGGCAAAAAUGGUCGCUUCAAACCCCAUCGACGGAUUAUGGUACGAUAUUCAUGGCGCAAUGUGUGUUGAGGGUAUGGAAGACGUGGAGUCAGAACUUCUCCGACGCAUUCGAACAGUUAUUGGCCCAGAUGUUUUGGUCUCGGCAUCCAUGGAUUUGCAUGGAAAUGUGUCCAGGGAGCUGGCCCACCAGACUGACAUGAUCACUUGUUAUCGCAUGGCACCUCACGAGGAUGAACUGGAAACAAAAGAACGGGCAUGUCGCAAUCUGGUCAAUGUUUUGAUAUCGCGACCCGAUACUUGGAGAGGGAAUAAACCCCUGAAAGCAUGGGUCUCAAUUCCUAUCUUGCUGCCGGGAGAGCAGACCUCGACUCGCAACGAACCGGCAAAAAGCCUAUAUUCGCUAGUUCCCGAAAUUGAAUCAAUGGAUGAUGUCUUAGAUGCAGCCAUAUGGGUUGGUUAUGCGUGGGCAGACGAGCCACGAAAUCAUGCUGUGGUAAUGGUCACUGGGUGGAAUAAGGCUACUAUCGCCAGAGGAGCUGAACGACUUGCAUCUUUCUUCUGGCGUAUCCGUACGGACUUUCAUUUUGUUGCGCCGACCGGCUCUUUCUCAGAAUGCAUCGACAAGGCGCUGGCGUCCUCGAAUAGGCCCUUCUUUAUCUCUGAUUCAGGAGAUAAUCCUACCGCUGGUGGGUCGGGCGACGUGACCUUCGGAUUAAACCAAUUACUGAAGCGAUCGGAGUUUUGGAAAGACUCCAGUCCAUCUGUUAUUUAUGCUAGUAUUCCUGGACCCCAGGCAAUUGACAUUAUAAUUAAGGCUGGUGUCGGUGCUAUUGUUACGAUCACGGCUGGAGCACAAGUGGACAAUCUACAUGCUGGGCCCGUCACCAUGACUGGACGCGUUCAUUCCAUCCGGUAUGGGGAUCGCGAUGCUGAAAUUGAAGCAGUUUUACAGGUUGGAAGCGUGUUUACCAUCGUCACCAAAUUACGCAAGCCGUAUCACCAUGAGAGUGAUUUUACCGGUCUUGCUCUUAGUCCGCGUACGACAGACAUCGUCAUAGUCAAAAUUGGCUAUCUUGAGCCAGAAUUGUUUGAUAUGGCGGCAGAGUGGAUGCUUGGGUUGACUCCUGGGGGGCGUUGA